CUUCGAAUUAAGGAUCAUCUCCAGGGGGUCGCACCCUGCGCUGUACAAGGGAAAAUGCAUCCUUACCUUUGUUUAACGUAUACAUGAACGCCCGUACGCAUAUGCAUACCUGAGCUUGUGAAUAUCAACGGGCGGCUACGUCGUAGCGCUGGAUCUGGCAUCGCAGUAGGAUCGACACUGCUGUACCGAGCCCAUCGUUGCUCGUGCACGCGGCUGGACAGCCCCACGUGAUGUCACGUGGCCCGGCGGACAUAUGUGUCCGAGUUCGGAUGCCGGAAAAGACGGAGGCAGGGGCCGAAGGGGGGGCGUGUGCCGAGGAGCGGCAGAGGCAGCCGCACGUGGAGGCAGCUUCCCUCUGUCAUGCUCACAGUUUCACCGAGCCUGUCUCAGCCCUGCCACCGAGUCAAUCCACCACGCGAGGACGUUGCUGCCCAUGCGUUGGGGAAGCAGCCGAAGGUCGUGCAAAGAGAGGCCAAGCCGGUAAUUGUUCAGGAGCGUUGCCCAGAACUAUCAGGGGCUGGGAAACAGUGCAUAUCUAUAUAUACACGACGGGCGCCCUCGCUGUUGUCGUCGUCGGCGCCGCCCUAGAGAAGAACAACCCUCCGCCCCAACUCCGUCAUCACCCCGAGUCUGUCCAGAAGCCAAGAAGCCCCAGUCUCAUGCGCAAGCGCACUAAAAUUUUCAAACGCCAGACCGCGCAGGCGUAACCAAUCGUCAGAAUUGGCAAAACGAGAGAUAGAAUGCGUGCGUGACUGAAGCCGGUGGCGGUGACCAUUCCCCACUUAUCGGGCGGGGCGGCUGCAACGCUGGCGGCACGGGGCCCCAGCGGCAGAGGAGGAGGUUAGGAGAAGGGACAGAGCUCCAGAUGGGGGGCGACCGAGCGUGAACUGGACUGAGGAGCGUACCAUCGAGCGCUAUAUAAUGCCAGCCAAAACGUGAACCUACUCUCGGCCGACCAGGCCGGUACGUCUCAGCGCCCUUAACCGAUGGCAGCGCAAACUGUAUCAAGUCCAGCAUUACCACACGCACGGGUAGCAGUGGUUCGAAUUCUGCACAUUUAAACUGCAGCCGCCUUUCUGGGGUGUCCACCCGACAUUCAGGUGCCUAGCAGAAGAUGAACAGGCAGACUGAGGAGAGGGGAGGGCACACUGAAGAGGACAACUAGGAGGAGGAAUGGAGGAAGCGGAGAGGAGGCAGAAGGGGGAGGUGCAGAGAAGGGAAACGAAGCUCGAAGCACUGGGGGCGCAGAACAUGAUCGAACCAGGACUCGAUCGCACGAGCUGGCGCGCGCAGCGCACCCGCGGCCCUUAUAUAGCCUGCCGGGCGCGAGAGGCGCACGGCGCCUCGAGGCCCGCCUCCCGCUGUAACUUGCUGUGUCUGAUGGCGGAGGGUGGGGAUGGAGAGGAGGGGGCGGGACGAGAGCAGAAGGGAAAGGAGGUGAGGGGCGCUGUGCUGCCGUCGCGGAGUUGGCCGGGGCUGGAGCAGCAACCGCUGGAAGCUGCUGGCGGGGGCCCCUUGGCGAUCGCCACCAAACUCCCAAACGAUGCGUCUCUGCAUUUGUCGACGCCAAGCGUGCACCAGGCUUGUUCGAUCAGCCUCGCACGCGGCUGGCGUCGUCCACUCUACCAGAGGCCCCGCGAGGCGCAAUCCGACCGCCACCGAUGAGAGCGGCCGCCAUUCGGCGCCGCCGCUCACGAGGGGGAAGGGCGCGCGCCGCAACCCAGGUUUGCUGUGCCGCGGAAGGGGCAGGCCCGUGCCCGCCAGUGGUACAGAGGGGAGGGGAGGCAGCAUCACGACUCAGCGGGUUGGAGGCAGAGCGUCGAGAGCCGAUCGUGGAGAAGGACGAACACUUCAGGAAUCAUGUUCUCAAGAGACAUGCGUGACUUGUCGUCGGA